UAAUAAAUUUAAGUUUUAAAAAUUUAUAAUGUACAUAAGAUUUAAAUAGACAUUCAAUUUUUAAUAUAAAGUGGUCAUAAAUACGCAUGAAAUAAUUUAUUGUGCAAUAAAACGACGCGAUGAAUUCGAUGAAGAACAGUGAUGAAACUGGUCAUGGACUGGAGGAUCUUGGUAUACCUGGACAAGCAUAUCUGAGAGAUGCUUUGACAAGUUGCACGGAUCCACUGAAAGCUAUUGAGGAAUAUCAAAUGGAAAAUGGUAUAUUAUUACCAUCAUUACGACCAAUGUUGCCUUUACUGGAUUUACAUGGAGUCAGAAGAUUAGAUUUUCAUGCUUCUGUUCUUGAGGAAUUACGAGAGAAAUUGAUAAAACGAAUUAAUGAAAUUGGUUUGGAAAGAGCAGAUAAGAGUGCUUCUGUGGAUAAGAGGCUAAAAGAAUUAUUGUCCAAAAGCUUUCCUGCUGUAAGAGUUGCUCAGUUGCGACCUGUUGUGAUGGCUAUCUUGAGGAAUACUCCACAUAUCGAAGAAAAAUACCUGCGAGUGUUGGUUAAGGAAAAGGAGUUAUACAACGAUGCUGAUACAGAAGUAAAACGUCAAAUCUGGAAAGAUAACCAAAGUCUUUUCGGAGAUGAAGUUUCUCCACUGUUUAGUCGUUAUAUUAUUGAAAAAGAACAAAUUUUAUUCGAUCAUCGGAACUUGAAUAGUCUAUUUUUUACACCAUCUCCUAAGGUAAGAAGACAGGGAGAAGUUGUACAAAAGUUGGCCCAUAUGAUUGGGCAUAGUGUAAAGUUGUACGAUAUGGUGCUGCAAUUUUUAAGAACUUUAUUUUUACGUACGAAAAAUAUCAAUUAUUGUACUCUGAGAGCAGAAUUGUUAAUGGCAUUGCACGAUCUAGAGGUGCAGGAAAUUAUUUCUGUAGACCCUUGUCAUAAAUUUACUUGGUGUUUGGAUGCCUGUAUAAGAGAGAAGAAUGUAGAUGUUAAAAGGUCUCGUGAGCUGCAAGGCUUCUUGGAUAGUAUUAAGAGAGGACAGGAGCAAGUAUUAGGGGACCUGAGUAUGAUUCUGUGUGAUCCGUAUGCGGUAAAUUUUUUGGCUAGUAGUGUAAUUAAAAUAGCGCUCCAUCUGAUAAAUAGCGAAUCGUUACCUAGAGACAAUGCAGUGCUUUUGUUACUGCUGAGAAUGCUCGCCCUAGGAUUAUCUGCUUGGCAAAUGAUUGACACGCAAGUAUUCAAGGAACCUAAACUGGAUGGUCAAGUUGUCACGAAAUUUCUGCCAGCACUUAUGUCACUUAUGGUUGAUGAUCAAAUAAGACAGCUCAAUUGUAGACUACCACCUGAUGAAAGAGAAAGCGCAAUUGCAAUUAUAGAACAUGCUGGACCAACUCCAGAUGCGUGUCAAACAUAUGUUCAGCUUUCCGGAGUAGCGGCAGUCCUAUCGAUGUAUUAUUCAUUACACGUUGGAGGUGGUGGUGGGGUUGUAAAAGGUAGAGGAGAUACCAGAGGUUUGACGAGAGUAUUGCCGAUAUUGCCAAAUUGUCAGGCACAUCGAGCUUUUGAAGAUCCAUUCCUACAUACACUGGUUUCGCUAUUAAUAUUAAACAUGGCCGAUGAAUUUUCAACCGAGUCAUUCUGUACGGUUAUCUUCGAUGAAUUUUUCUUGACUGGUUUAAGUCGAGAUAAUGUUACGCGACACUUGCUGAAGCUACUUUGGUAUAUACAUCCUAAAUUACCAUCCGCGAGGUUGCAUUCAUUAUUGAAAGCUUUGCAGCCAACGAGCCAGCAUAACGAAGCAGUUCAUACACUUUAUGAAUCUCUACGUGAUAAAGUCGGCAACCACUCUGCAGAAGAUCAAUUGGCAGGAAAUGGACAAAUGGACACAUUAGGUAUGGAUUGUUCUCCCUCUACACUUUCUGGGAUACCGACAGCAACUUCAAGUUCGCUUUAGAAUUGUACAUUUGACUUAAAGGAAAUAGGACCAAGCAAAAGAGGUACAAUUAAAAUAAAGGCAAAAACCUCAUUGCUAUGACUGAUAUCUUUGUAAUUUUAUUCAAAAAAUUUCCUGGUCUCACUAAAUAUAUAUACCAAGUGUAUAAUUAAGAAUUUCGUAAUUAAUACGUACACUGAUACAUAUAAUCUAACGUAUAACAUUACAUUUGCUUAGAAGACCAAUUCUUUAAAUAACUAUAAAUAUGAAUAUUUACAAUGUUGUACAGAUUUCUGAAGGCCACAAUAUUGAAAAAAUUAUGGUUGCAAUCACAUCUUAUCAGAUAUUCUAAUAAGAUGUGCUCAUGCGUCAUAAAAUAUUUUUUACAUAUAUAUACCAAUAUAAAAAUAAACAAAUGUAGAUACAAUACAUAACAUAUACACAUAUACACACAAGUGAAAAUCAAUACAUAAAUCGCAAAACGGGAUAGAAAAGAAACGACUAGUAUUUGCUUAUUUUUUUG